AAAGACAGUUUGAUCUACGAGCAUUUCAUUCUGGUGGGAGCCAUCAUGGAGAGAGCUGUGCUGCAAAUCACCCUCUUUGGGCUGCUGCUGGCUUUGGCUGCGACACAACCGAACAAGGACAACUGGGACAUCUACAGCUUUCACAUCAACUCUACAGUGACCAGUCGUUAUGCAACCACUGUCAUCACGAGCCGCAUGGCCAAUCGUAUGGACGAGUCAAAGGAGAUCGAGUUCCACGUCCGGAUUCCCAAGAACGCCUUCAUCAGCAAAUUCAGAAUGUUUAUUGAUGGCCAAGUGUACGAUGGCAUUGUGAAAGGUAAAGAGAAAGCCAGGCAGCAGUACACUGAGGCUGUGUCCCGCGGACAAAGUGCCGGACUUGUCAGUUCUGUAGGGAGGACCCUGGAGGAAUUUAAGACCUCUGUGACUGUGGCUGCUCACAAAAAGGUCACCUUUGAACUCACAUAUGAGGAGCUGCUGAAACGCAGGCUUGGAAAGUACGAGCUGCAAAUCCACGCUCGACCCAUGCAGCCUGUGAAAAGCUUUAAAGUUGAUGUGCACAUUCACGAGGAAUCUGGCAUCAAUAUCGUUGAGGUUAAAGGAGGACUAGCCCUGGCUGAUGCCAUCAACAAAACACAUGCAGACAAUGAGGUGUGGGUGAACUUCUACCCAACAGAAGACCAACAGAAAACGUGUACCAGCUGUGGAGAGCAGGGACUGAAUGGAGAUCUGGUUAUUGUUUACGAUGUCAAUAGGGACAGUGGACUGGGAGACAUUAAGACUUCAGCCGGGUACUUUGUUCAUCACUUUGCCCCAUCUAGUCUUACCCGCAUAUCAAAAAAUGUUGUCUUCUUGAUCGAUCGAAGUGGCUCAAUGCACGGCAAAAAAAUGCAACAGACCCGGUUAGCCUUAAUCCACAUCUUGAAUGACCUGUCAGAGGAUGACCACUUUGGUCUUAUCACUUUUGAUGGCAGCAUUUCUUACUGGAAACGAGAACUUGUUCAAGCCAACCAGCGAAACCUGGAGAGUGCCAAGAUAUUUUCAAGGAAUAUUAGAGAAAGUGGAGCCACAAACAUCAACAGUGCAGUGUUGGAAGGAGCCAGUUUGCUCAACGCACAUCCGAGAGAAGAUUCAGCAUCCAUCCUCAUUCUUCUCACUGAUGGAGACCCAACAUCAGGGGUGACAAAUCUUGAACAAAUCCAGUCAAAUGUCAGGGUGGCUAUUGCGGACGAAUUCCCACUCUACUGUCUCGGUUUUGGUUUUGAUGUCAAUUUUGAGUUUCUUGAGAAGAUGUCGCUGCAGAACAAUGGUGUGGCACGACGGAUUUAUGAAGACUCUGAUGCUGAUUUACAGCUGAAGGGUUUCUAUGAAGAGGUGGCCACUCCUCUUUUGAUCGAUGUGACUAUGAGCUAUAAUGGUGGCACCAAUCUGACGCAGACUGAAUUCAGCCAGUAUUAUAACGGAUCAGAGAUUGUGGUUGCCGGUAAGAUCACUGACAACGACAUUGGAACCUUCACUCCACAAGUCGUGGCAAUUUCGAGCAGUAAAAAGAUGACGUUUUCAAACCCCAACGGCACCGUGGAGUCCACUGGAACAGAGUCUGCCGACCAAAUCCAGAGGGUUUGGGCCUAUCUCACGGUCAAACAGCUUCUGGAGAAAGAGCUGCUGUUAUCUGGAGCUGAGAAGGAGAACGUGAAGAGAGAGGCCUUGGAGCUGUCGCUGAAGUACAGCUUUGUAACUCCACUCACAUCCAUGGUGGUCACCAAGCCUGAGGGAGGGGACACCGAAGUGCUCCACAAACCCAAGGAAGGAGAAGCCCCACAGACAGGGUCAAGGCAUCCAAAUAUAGGUUCUUCGGGCAGUGUGAUGCAUACCUCAGCGGGCAGUGUGAUGUAUAAGUCAGCGGACAGUGUGAUGUAUAACUCAGCACCACAAGCUGUACCAGCAUACGAGUCAUAUGACGAUGGUGGGAUGGACUAUAUGGAUUCACUUGUUAUCGACGAUAUGGAAGCUCUUGAAGAGUCUGCAAUGCUACUACCUAACAUUGUUUUUGCCACCAUAGCAACUACUGAAGUUCAUGCCACCAUUGUGCCGGGAAAAGAUAACAUUCCUGUUUCCCAUCGGUUUUUGCUAAAAGCUGAGAAUCAGUCACUUCCACUCUGCUUUGAUGUCACUGGAGACGUUCGCCUUAAACUACUUCACCAUCCCACCAGCGAGCUGUCUGUACACGGCGAGCUUGAUUCAGUAACGAAUGGAGGCUUCAGAAGGAUUGUCAUCCAGCUCAAUGCUGACCUGUAUGUUGAUGUUGAAGUCAAUAAAAUCACUGUGAGAGAGGGAUCGAGAAUAACACACCACACUGGACAGGAUCCCAUCACAGCUGGAAGUUGGACAAUUAUUAGGCGGGACAAGGAAAUCGAUGUUGCUGGUGGGGACACACACUUGGUCAUCUUAAUUCAGGGAAAGGACACUCAAUCAUUCCUCUGGCCCGUUUUAAGACAGCAGUCAUCGGACAGCGCUGAAGGAAUUUUAGGCCAGCUUUCUUUCUUAGUUGUUUGCGCUCUGUGUCCAGCUCUGAAUCCAGUUUAUGAGGAGGUGCCACAAAUUCCCUUCACAAAACUUAGGAUCAAAGACCAGGAGAUUGACGUUACCAGGGCCAAUGCUGCUGACUACAGUAUUUCCCCCCCCCUGACACUGGACUGCUGGCUCCUGUCGGCCGACUCUGCCCUGCAGAGACGCCUGGAGGCCUUCAUAGUUUGAAAGGAAAAUUAUUCAAACACAAACAGAUUCAUCAUUGAAAAAUACUUUCUAGCUGUAACUAACAGCAAAUAAAUAUAAUCCAAGAUAA